AUGAGUCAUCCGGUGGAGGAUAGCGUAAUGAAAUUAACCACUUCACCGUCAGUAAAAGGUUCUGUCUCACGGAUGUCACUGUUGUGCCAGCGUUCUAUAUGGGAUCAGACCACCGCUUCCUCAGAGGAAGAUUUUUCUUCACAAGGAGAGAAAGCUGCUGAGUUCGGCAAGCGAAAUCCCAGAACUAUCAUUAACUGGGAUCUCUUCAUUACGCUAGCCGUCUUUUGGGAAGAUUCCGCAAUGGACAACAUCGGCGAGGAAUAUGACCAGCUUGUUGAACACCUUCACGACUGCACGAAGAAGGCUGAGAGUUUUAAAACCAGUAAUUCACGUGCGAGAACGCAAGGCUUUGCAGAGAGGCGUUAA